CAGCAGCACGCCGGCUUCCUGUGUUUGUGCGGACUCAAGUCUGCCACCUCGACAUGGACUGAGCCUCUCUCUCUCUCUCUCUGACUAAGGAAAACUCGUACGAGGCUCCUCUUUCUCCUGUCCGUUUCCAGCCUGAAGAGUGGCCGCAGAUGUAGAAGAACAGCUCUGAGUCUGGACUCCGACUGAAGACCGUUUUCGCCGAGCGAGUUUCCUAUUUAUUAACGUUAUCGAAGAAGAUGGCGAACGACUCUCCGGCUAAAAGUCUCGUAGAUAUAGACCUUUCUUCGCUGCGGGAUCCAGCCGGGAUAUUUGAAUUGGUGGAAGUGGUCGGAAAUGGCACGUACGGACAAGUGUACAAGGGCCGACAUGUCAAAACAGGACAGCUGGCAGCCAUCAAGGUCAUGGACGUCACAGAGGAUGAAGAGGAAGAGAUAAAGCUUGAGAUCAACAUGCUGAAAAAGUACUCGCAUCAUAGAAAUAUCGCUACCUACUAUGGUGCGUUCAUUAAAAAGAGCCCCCCAGGACACGAUGACCAGCUAUGGCUGGUGAUGGAGUUCUGUGGAGCUGGCUCAAUCACAGAUCUGGUGAAGAACACUAAAGGGAAUAAACUGAAGGAGGACCAGAUUGCCUACAUUUGCCGAGAGAUCCUUAGAGGUCUGGCCCACUUGCAUGCCCACCAUGUCAUCCACCGUGAUAUCAAAGGCCAAAACGUUCUGUUGACUGAGAAUGCUGAGGUUAAGCUGGUUGACUUUGGUGUGAGUGCCCAGUUGGACCGGACGGUUGGCAGACGAAACACUUUCAUUGGCACACCUUACUGGAUGGCCCCCGAGGUCAUUGCCUGUGAUGAAAACCCUGAUGCGACAUACGACUACAGGAGUGACCUGUGGUCUUGUGGAAUUACUGCUAUUGAAAUGGCCGAGGGAGCUCCCCCCCUCUGUGACAUGCACCCAAUGCGAGCACUGUUCCUCAUCCCCAGGAACCCGCCUCCACGGCUCAAGUCGAAAACAUGGUCCAAGAAGUUCUUUAGCUUCAUUGAGAGCUGUUUGGUGAAGAACUAUACCCAGCGGCCACCCACGGAUCAGCUCUUGAAGCACCCAUUCAUCAGAGACCAGCCCAAUGAGAGACAGGUCCGCAUCCAGCUCAAAGACCAGAUUGACCGCACCCGCAAGAGGAGAGGAGAGAAAGAUGAGACGGAGUACGAGUACAGCGGGAGUGAGGAAGAGGCAGAGGAGGUGCCUGAGCAGGAGGGAGAGCCCAGCUCCAUAGUGAAUGUGCCAGGUGAGUCAACGCUCCGACGAGACUUCAUCCGCUUGCAGCAGGAAAACAAAGAGCGCUCGGAGGCUCUGAGGAGGCAGCAGCUCCUGCAGGAGCAACAGCUCCGCGAACAGGAGGAAUACAAGCGCCAGCUGCUGGCCGAGCGUCAGAAACGCAUCGAGCAGCAGAAGGAGCAGAGGAGGAGGCUGGAGGAGCAACAACGCCGCGAGCGAGAGAUGAGGAGGCAGCAGGAGAGAGAGCAGAGGCGGCGGGAGCAGGAGGAGAAGAGGAGAAUGGAGGAGAUGGAACGACGGCGCAAAGAAGAGGAAGAGCGCAGGAGGGCCGAGGAAGAGAAAAGAAGGAACGAUCGUGAACAGGAGUAUAUCCGCCGUCAGCUGGAGGAGGAGCAGAGGCAUCUAGAGAUCCUUCAGCAGCAGCUGCUUCAUGAGCAGGCCAUAUUACUGGAGUUCAAAUGGCGGGAGCUGGAGGAGCAGCGGAAGGCAGAGCGGCUGCAGAGGCAGCUCCAGCAGGAGCAGGUCUAUCUGCUGUCCCUCCAACAGGACCCGAAACAGCAGAGCCAAGCCCUCACACCCCGCCCUGACUGGGCCAAGCUACCUCAGGCUCGCCCGUUAGAUGGGCCAGAGACUCCACUUUAUGUUAACACUGACGAAUUUAGAGCCACACUAAAGACUGAACGUCCACUUCACACUGAGAAUGACAGUGUAAUUCAAGACGCAGGACAGACUAAAUCUGUAGACAGGGAUAAACCCUUUCCAGACCAGUCCAGAGACCAGACUGAAACUGUGUUAGUCGACCCGAGCCCGUUAGUCACAAAGCCAAUAGGUGGGACAAGCUCUCUGACAAAUGUGACUGACGAUCCCCUUGUCCAGUCAGUUCCCACAACUGGUGACCAAGUCUCUGAAGCCCAGCCAGUCAGAGAGGCUGAUGAAAGACACCGUAAGAACAUUCACGGUUCCCCUCAGACCGCUCCACCCAAGCAGCCCCCUGUACCCCCCCGCUCUUCUGAACCCUAUUCUAACGGCAACUCCUCCUCAGACUCCUCAGGCAUGCACAAGCCUAUGGAGCCACAGGUCCAGUGGUCUCACCUGGCCGCUCUAAAGAGCAACGCAUCCGCUCCCCCCGUGUCUCGCUCCCAUUCCUUCAGCGAUCCUGUUCCUAGUUUUGCACAUCUCCAUCACCACUCUCAGGAGUCCCACCAGCACCACCACCCAGCACACCCUGCACGCCCUGAGCACCCGCAUCUGCAGCCUCAUUCGCAGCCCAGGGGCCAUGAGGCCCCAGAGAUGGGCCACAAUGAUGAGGUCCCCCCCAGGGUGCCAGUAAGGACAACAUCCAGAUCUCCUGUACUGUCCCGCAGAGACUCUCCACUUCAGAGUGGCCAGCAAAGCAACCAAAUUGCGCAGAGGAACGCUGGAAGUACUGCAGAGCCACGUCUCCUGUGGGACCGAGUGGAGAAACUGGCUUCCAGAACAGGCAGUGGGAGCUCCUCUGGUUCUAGCAACUCCAGCUCUCAGGCUAGCUCCCAGAGCGGCUCUGGUGAAAAGUUCAGGGUCCGCUCUUCUUCAAAGUCUGAGGGCUCUCCACUUCAGCGUCCAGAAAAUGCUGGAAGAAAAUCAGAGGAGAAGAAGGACUUUGUCAGACCAUCCAGGCCUGUUGGUGAAGUGGAUCUUACUCUACUGGCCAAUGAGAUACGCACAAUUGAAGAUACACGCCCACCUCACAAGGUGACAGACUACUCAUCAUCUAGCGAUGAUUCAGAUUCAGACGAGGAGGAUGAUGAGGUGGAACAGGAGCUGGGCAAUGAGUCCACCUCUGGUGCAGAGGACUCAAGGGCAAGUUCAUCAAAACUCAGCAAUGGUGAGACAGAGUCUGUGAAGACCAUGAUUGUUCACGAUGAAGCAGAAAGCGACCCGGCCACCACACCUUCUAAAGACGGCACUUUAAUUGUCAGACAGAGUGUAGCUGAGAAAAAGAGAUUGGGUCCUGGGCCGGGUCCCGGGCCUGGUCCUGGUCAUGGCCCAGCUCUGGGCCCCACUCAUGCCCUUGGCCACCAGGAGCGAAAUGGCUUUGCAGGCCGUAUUCACCUCCUGCCCGAUCUCAUCCAGCAGAGCCAUCACUCCCCCUCCCCCUCUGUCACCUCCUCCCCUGCCUCCAGCCACACCAGCCCCUCCAUGUCCCCCCAAACCCCCAUGGACAAGCUUGUUGCCAGCGAGACACAGUCUGCCAGUAACACUCUUCAGAAACACAAGUCCUCUUCUUCCUUCACUCCAUUCAUUGACCCUCGUCUCCUUCAGAUCUCCCCUUCCAGCGGAAGUACUCUCAACAACAUAAGUUUUGGAAAUGAUGGGCGGCUACAGGAGGCCUUGAGGCCAGACCCUUCGAGAAAGGGCUCGGUGGUUAAUGUGAACCCAGUGAACACUCGCCCACAGAGCGACACGCCCGAGAUCCGCAAGUACAAGAAGAGGUUCAAUUCUGAGAUCCUGUGCGCUGCACUCUGGGGGGUGAACCUUUUAGUAGGGACAGAAAGUGGACUUUUGCUUCUUGACCGCAGUGGACAGGGUAAAGUCUACCCCCUCAUCAGCCGACGUCGUUUCCAGCAAAUGGAUGUUCUGGAAGGGCUUAAUGUCCUAGUCACGAUAUCGGGAAAGAAAAACAAACUGAGGGUGUAUUAUCUGUCCUGGCUGAGGAACAAGAUUCUGCACAAUGACCCAGAGGUGGAGAAGAAGCAGGGCUGGACUACAGUGGGCGAGCUAGAGGGCUGUGUACACUACAAAGUCGUGAAAUAUGAAAGGAUCAAGUUUUUGGUUCUUGCCUUGAAAAACUCUGUAGAGGUCUAUGCAUGGGCACCAAAGCCGUAUCACAAAUUCAUGGCAUUUAAGUCAUUUGGAGACCUGGUGCACAAGCCCUUGUUAGUUGACUUGACUGUAGAGGAAGGUCAAAGACUGAAGGUGAUCUAUGGUUCCUGCUCUGGGUUCCAUGCAGUGGAUGUGGAUUCAGGGGCCGUUUACGACAUCUACCUGCCUACACAUAUUCAGACUAGUAUCCAGUCACAUGCCAUCAUCAUUCUACCCAACACGGAUGGCAUCGAGCUGCUGGUUUGCUAUGAAGAUGAAGGUGUCUACGUGAACACAUAUGGCCGGAUCACGAAAGACGUGGUGUUGCAGUGGGGAGAGAUGCCCACUUCCGUCGCAUACAUCAGGUCUAAUCAGAUCAUGGGCUGGGGAGAGAAGGCUAUAGAGAUCCGCUCUGUGGAGACUGGUCAUCUGGAUGGUGUUUUUAUGCACAAGAGGGCACAAAGACUCAAAUUUCUCUGUGAAAGAAACGAUAAGGUGUUCUUUGCUUCUGUACGUCCCGGAGGAUCCAGCCAGGUGUACUUCAUGACUCUCAGCCGAAGCAACCUGCUCAGCUGGUAAAACUGCUGUGCCUUCGGUUUUGGCUACAAAAAGGACUGUUGCUGAAAAUUCUGAAGAAAUGCCGUCACAUGCUCCAUUAAGCACCAUCUCUCUGCUGGUGCCAUUUGUAUUGCUGUGGCCUGGCCUUGAUGGAACAGACAAUUGAACAGAUUGUCAGAGGGGAUCAACAGUGCCCCCUGCUGCUGAAGGGGAUGGUGGAUGUUGGCUUGCUGUUUUUGUAGUUGAACCUACAGCAUUACUGAUCGCUCAGCCAAUCCAGACCUUCUGUGGCAAUUGAUUUCCACCCUGUUGUAACACCUUAAAAUUCAGGGUUUCUUUUUUUCCUACACUUUAAAACAUCAAGGGAUAUAAAAGCCUAAAUGAAUAAUCUAGUUUAUGUCAAUGUGUUUGUACUGAACUUUGACUAUAACAGAUUGACAGUCUCUGACUGACUGUAUGUGUACCAUCUCUCUUUUUGUCCGACUAGAGGGAAAGCAGGGUUUGGGUUGUAAAGGCAUCAGGUGCCGAAAGGAGCUUGGGCUUUUUUUAUUUCUGUGAAUUGUCAACUGCCAAAACAGUGGAGUCAUACUGUAUUAUUGUGCUAGUCCAGGUUACUUUGGGAAUUAAUAAGUGCAGGAUUUUUAACAACAUUGACUUUAGUGUGUUGAGAUUUUAUGCUGAUAAAAUUGCAGCAGUGUUCAUAUCCAGUACAUUGAGUGUUUUUAUUUUUUAAGCAUUGCACUUGAUAAAUAAAUUCUUAGUUUCCUUCUCA